AUGAGUAAUUCUAAUCAACCCAAUUUAUAUAGAUGGAUGAUGAUAUCAUUUGCAAUUAAAGUAUAAGAGAGUGUUAAAUUGAACGAAAUUAAAAAGAAAUUUAAUGGGUUUAUGAAAAUACAUUCUUCUAAAAAUCCAGUUAUCAAGUAUGUGCUGACAGAUAAAUACUAUAAAAUAUUAUUUGCUAAAUAGUAUGAAGGUGCUAGCUUAAAAGAGGGUCAGUAAAUUCUGAUAGUGCUUAGAACAUUCAUGUGUAAUACAGCCUUUUUGAAUCAACCUAAUCUAUUAUUUAUGAUUACCAUCACUUUAGGAUUAGGUAGUCUUACUAUGAAUAAAGAAUAAGUUAAAAGAAAGAAUAGGAUAAAAGUAAAGUUAUGGAAGCUUAGAGAAGUGGGUCAGCAAAAGUGA